GAAGUGCGUCAGUAGCGCGGGGCUGUUUGGAUGUGGAAGCAGAGACCUGAAACGGGGCCUCAGCCCUGAGAGAUGGAUCGGUACCUACUCCUAGUGAUCUGGGAGGAAGAAAAAGUCCCGUCGGCGGCGGGUGCGGUGGCGGAGCAUGGGCCAGGGGCUUCGUCCGCUGAGGGUACCGAGAAACAGCCAGACUUAAGAGCAGCAAAUGUUUAUCACCUCCUGAAAAGAAGCAUUAAUGCUUCAAUUAAUCCAGAAGAUAGUACCUUCCCUGGCUGUUUGGUAGGCGGUAUACCAGGUUCCAGGAAGUGGUUCUUUGCAGUGCAGGCAAUAUGUGGAUUUUAUCAGUUUUGUAGUUCUGACUGGGAAGAGAUACAUUUUGGUGUGGAAAAAGAUGAAAUUGAAGAUGUUCUUCAAAGAAAUAUCGAAGAAUGUUUGAGUGCUGUUGAGUGUUUUGAGGAAGAAGAUAGUAAUAGCAGGGAAUCAUUAUCCUUGGCUGACCUGUAUGAAGAAUCUGCAGAAAAUUUGCAUCAGUUAUCAGACAAACUUCCUGCUCCUGGUAGAGCAAUGAUAGAUAUAAUACUGUUGCCUUCUGACAAAGAUCCGCCUAAAUUGAGAGACUGUUUGCCUACUGUAGGAGCAUUAAAACAUUUGAAGGAAUGGUAUUCAGCAAAAAUUACCAUAGCAGGAAAUCAUUGUGAAACAAGUUGUCAGAAAAUUGCCGAAUACCUUUCUGCUAAUAUUGUAUCUUUACAAGAUCUCAGAAAUGCUAUUGAUUCAAAGGAGUUAUGGAGGGGAAAGAUUCAGAUAUGGGAAAGGAAGUUUGGAUGUGAAAUUAGUUUUCCUGAAUUUUGUUUAAAGGGAGUCACACCUAAGACUUUUAGUACAUCUAAUUUAAAAACUUGCUUUCUUGACAAAAAGAUAAUACCAUCAAAGGAUAAGAGUAUUUUGCCAAAGGUUUUUCAUUAUUAUGGCCCUGCUUUAAAAUUUGUGCAGAUGAUAAAAUUAUCAGACCUACCUUCCUGCUAUAUGUCAGACAUUGAAUUUGAGUUAGGACUGACAAAAAACAAUACCAAACAGAAUUCCAAGUUGCUGUUGGAGCAGAUUUCUUCCCUGUGUGGCAAGGUUGGUGCUCUUUUUGUUUUGCCAUGUACCAUUAGUAGCAUACUUAUUCCUCCUCCCAGCCAGCUCAGUUCAAGAAAAUGGAAGGAAUAUAUAGCUAGAAAGCCUAAGACAAUCAGUGUUCCAGAUGUUGAAGUGAAAGGAGAGAGUUCUAGCUAUUAUCUCUUGUUACAAGGUAAUGGCAACAGAAAGUGUAAAGCCACAUUGAUUCACUCAGCCAACCAAAUCAAUGGCUCAUUUGCACUCAGUUUAAUUCAUGGAAAGAUGAAAGCAAAGACAGAAGAGACCAAACUGAGCUUUCCUCUUGACCUCUUGUCACUUCCAAAUUUCUCUGGGGAGCAACUUAUACAGAGAGAGAAACAGUUAGCUAAUGUUCAGGCUUUGGCUUUGAAAGAAUGUCUGAAAAGGAGAAAGUUAGCAAAGCAGCCAGAAGUACUUUCUGUGGAUGAACUCAAAAGUCUAUUAAUACUCACAAGGGAAUGCUUUUUCGAUCAUUUUGAUGCUAUUAUCCCUAAAACAAGUCUAGUAGAGACAGACAACACCUCCAAUAGGUUAAAUGAUUCCAAUCCAGUGGAACGUAUUUCUUCAAGUCCAGUGGAAACCAAUCCUCUGGAGUGGCCAGAAAGGCAUGUUCUUCAAAAUUUGGAAACUUUUGAAAAAGCUAAACAAAAAAUGAGAACUGGUUCACUACCUCGUUCAUCUGAACAGUUACUGGGCCACAAAGAGGGUCCACGGGAUUCAGUCACAUUAUUGGAUGCUAAAGAAUUGCUGAAAUUCUUUACCUCAGAUGGAUUACCAAUUGGAGAUCUUCAACCUUUACAGAUUCAAAAAGGGGAAAAGACUUUUGUCCUGACACCAGAACUUAGUCCUCGGAAACUUCAGGGUUUACCUUUUGAGAAAGCCUCAGUAUGUCAUUAUCAUGGAAUUGAAUAUUGCUUGGAUGACCGAAAAGCAUUAGAAAGAGACGGGGGAUUUUCAGAACUACAGUCUCGUCUUAUUCGUUAUGAAACGCAAACUACAUGCACCAGAGAAAGUUUUCCAGUACCUACCGUACUGAGCCCUCUUCCGUCUCCAGCAGUUUUGUCAGAGCCUGGAAGUGUCCCUGAUGGAGAAGCUUUACAAAGUGAACUCCGGACUGAAGUCUCCCGAGUAAAAAGGAGAUCAAAAGAUCUGAACUGCCUUUAUCCCCCCAAAAGACUUGUGAAAUCUGAAAGUUCAGAUUCUCUUCUUUCUCAGAGAAGUGGCAUUACUAAUCAUCAUCAUCAUGCAGUGACAUCCAGAAAGCCACGGGCAGAGAGAUCAUUAUCUGUGACUUGUCCAUCUCUUCCAGUUCUUAGCAAUGAAACUCCCAAAGUCACUACAAAUGCCAGUUCAGGUCAAAAAAGUGUGCAUGAAUCAAAAACAUCAAGGCCCAGUAAGGAAUCAAGAUCACAGAAACACACACGGAUAUUGAAAGAAGUAGUUACUGAAACCCUGAAGAAACACAGGAUUACUGAGGCCCACGAGUGUUUCACGGCUUGCAGCCAACGUCUCUUUGAGAUCUCGAAGUUCUAUCUACAGGAUCUUAAAACUUCAAGGGGUCUAUUUGAAGAAAUGAAGAAAACAGCAAGCAGCAAUGUUAUACAGGUGAUUGAAUGGGUAUUAGAAAAGACAAGCAAGAAAUAACACAAAAUCAUUCUCUUUGGAUAAUUAUAAAUUGGACAGAGCUAUUAUUUACGUUUUCCUUCCAUAGUUUGAAAAUUCAAACAAAUUUCAAACUUUAUUCAAAGAAUAGAUGUACAUCUCUAAAGAAUUUCAUAAAUAUCCUAUAUUUAUAUAGUUUUGAGGUUGCUCAGCUAAUGUAUUUUUAAUUGUAUACUUAUUUUAUAGUUUUACUAUAUUUUAAUUUUUUAAUAUUUUUAUAUAUGUUUACAAAUUUUACUCUUGGUUAUUUAAUUAUUCCAAUAAAUAGAAAAAGAUAUUUCUUU